GUGUAGGCCUAUUAGAUUCAUUGACUUGUGUUGUUGGCAGCCUUAAAGCGGAAUGAAUGACGAAGACAAAGGUAGAUCCGAAUCUGGUCGUGCCAAAGCUACAGAAACACGCGAUGGAUAGACAGGACGGUAUCAGCAGCAAACAGGCGCAGCCACAAAAAUCUCACCAGAGACAGCCGCAAGAGCCGCUAGUUAAUGAGCAGAAAAACUCGGAUCGUGCCGACUUGUCUGCCAGACCCAAGGAUGUACAUGUACGAACUUCUGCCAAGACCAGGGGAAACUCCGGAACGGUGAAAUGCAGUGUGAAAGCUCGGACUAUGCACACGGGGAAUCGGGUAUCUAAGCACAGUCCGGUCAGUGCAAAAGAAGUAAAACCGGAGACACGGAAGGUGUCAGGUAAAACUACAGCGCCAGCUGUCAGCAACCCAACAACCGACAGUAACUCUGAUGGUCGGAAGAAAGUGUCUGAUGCCUCCGACCUACAGAGGAAGAACCCCGGCUGCGCCCCGGGCAAGCUGUCCCCUGCAGACAGCUUCUCCUCAGUGUCCGAGGGCACUUCAGAAGAGAACAAAUUAUUAACGGAUGGCCAAAGCAGUGACACAGAAAACGGCAUUCGCGACGGAGGAGCUGACAGGGAACGGAAAAGUGUCGCCAGGGGAACAAUGACGAGUGACCAGUUUGAAAACUUGACGGUGAAUGAAGGCAGAUGGCCCCUGAAACUGGAACGUGGGGAAUGUAGCAUCUCUUUCAACGAUGAGCGAUCUUUCGACUCACUCUACUGCCGGCAUCAUGUCAAGGCAACCCUGGCGUUACCGGACCUGGCAGAGUUCAUGGAUGGGGUCCAGGGGGAUCUCCUAAAGGAGAUCGAUGAACUAAGAUCUGAAAACGAAUACCUAAAAGACGAGAUCCAGGAGCUUCGCUCAGAGAUGCUGGAGAUGCGGGAUGCCUUCCUAGAGGAGGAUGAGGGGCAGCUGCAGGAGCUGCGGGCGCAGCUGGAGCGCGCCCACCGCACGUGCCGCGUGCUGCAGUACCGCCUGCGCAAGGCGGAGCGGCGCAGCGUCCGCGUGGCCUGCACCGGACAGGUGGAUGGCGAGCUGGUCCGUGCUCUGGAGCAGGACAUCAAGGUGGCGAGGGAUGUGUCAGUUCGCCUGCAUGCCGAGCUGGGCGCCACUGACCUGAACCGGGUCCGACUGGAGCGGGAGAACCAGGAGCUGCGUGAGAAGGUGCAGGACCUGGAGGUGGCCAACCAGGUGCUGCGAGCUGAAGCGGACAAGGCUAGGGAGAACUCCCUAAGGAAAAGAAGAGCAAAAGGCUCAGCCAGCAAGCCGGAGAAGACCCCCCAGGAUGAUAUGGCCGACCUCAAGUGCCAGCUGCAUUUUGCCAAAGAGGAGACUCUGCUCAUGUGCAAGAAGCUCACGAAGACAGCCAAGGACAGCGAGUCAAUGCGGGAGGAGCUGGCCAAGUUCCGAUCCCUGUACGGCAACGCGGACGCCCCGCUGGCCCAGGAAGCCCCGGCCAACACCCCCCAUUCCCGGGAAGCUGAGGUCAAAGUUCAUCUGAAGCUGGUGGAGGAGGAAGCCAACCUGCUGAGCCGACGGAUCGUGGAAUUGGAGGUGGAGAACCGGGGCCUGCGAGCGGAGAUGGAGGAGAUGAGGGGCCAGAAGGCGGAGCCAGGGCUGGAACCAGGGGACAGUAUUCAGGAGCUCAGGAGACAUCUGCGGUUCAUGGAGGAAGAGACUGAACUCCUGCGGUGCUCGCUGGCAGAGGUGGAGGAGAAGAACCAGCAGGCAGGGAGGAGAUUGGACCUUGAGGUGGAUUCGGCAGUGUUCUCCAAAGAAAGCUGCUCGGUCUUCACAGAGGCAUCACUAGAAGAAUCUGUCAGUGGUGGAUGCCAGACAUGGAGAGACCCUCAUGAAGAUCCAACCCUUGCCCUUGAUCUCACUGGGAGCCAGAUGUCUCGUGAGGGACCUGUGGGUGGUGAGCAGGAUCCCCAGGAGGAGCAAGAGAAGAUGGCAGAAAAAGACUGUGGUCCCAUGAGACCGAGUGAUCGGGAGGCCUGGUUGGUCAUUCAAAACCAGACCUACCUCAUCAGCUCAGCCUUAGAACUGCUCAGGGGACACAGCACCAGCCGUCAAACACGUCUUCUGCCAGCUGAGCCGCUCCUCUCCUCUGGGAUGCCCCUGGCCAGCAGGCUGGAGGCACUGCAGGUGCUCCUGUUUGGCCUCCUUGAGGGCGUGGGGGCGCAGUGCAGCCCCAGACGAGGGCAGGUAGACGGGGCCGAGGGCAGCAGCGUGGAGCCCGUAGCACUACUGCAGCACCAGGCGAGCGUGCUCAGCUGCCCAGCCGGGGAAUCUGCAGGGCUGCAAAUGCUGCAGGAGUGCAUGGGGACACGGGAGUGGCUGUCAGCACGGUCGCAGGCUCCCCUGCCACAGGGCCCAGACAGCGAGUCCCAGGAACUGCGAUUGCUAGUACUGAGACUGUGCCACUUCCUGGAGCAGUGGCGGCACUGUAAGGCACGGGACCUAGAUGGGAACCUCAGCCCCCAGGUGGCUGGGCUGAAGGACCUCUGUCAGCUGCUAGAGGGGGAGGGGCCUGUUCCCACGUGGGAGGAGCUAUCCGUGGAAUUCUAUCCAAUGGGAAGAAACCUCAAGCAGGGGAGCACUGACCCAGGAAGUACUGUGGUGAAACUGAAGGGGGCGCUGCAGAACUUGAGUGCCGCCCUGCAGGAGGAGCACCAGAGGUCAGUGGAGUUGGCUCAGCAGCUUUCUCAGGCCAAGGCCAUCUGGGAGGUGGAGCGGGCUGAGCUCAGGGGACUCAUCGCCCAGCAGAAAAGAUGUCAGCGGGAGCACAGAGUGACCUGACAGGUGUCUUCAGAUGUAGCUCCAUCUGCCCAGUGGACGGUGACAUCUCAUGUUCUGCUGAUCCUGAGGUCCAUGAAGCUCGACAAAUGCUCCCUCUCUGCACAGUGGCAUAGCCCAUAUCCAUGAGCUCAAAAAUUAGAACUAGGACAAGACUCUUAGCCUCUCAGAAGCAGCGUAUCCUCCGGUGUGGCACGCAAAGGUGACAUUGAACUUACAGGAAUGGCAGGGACAUCUUUGCAGGCUUCUCUGGGCUGGACAGCAGGCUAAUUAAGGCUCCCGGCUUGUUCUGGCUGAUCUGCUGGAGCUGAAUGAUGCAGGAGCCUGAUCUGGAGCUACACAGAGGGAUCCACUGAACACUGGACACUUCAGACCAGAUAAAUACCACAUGACAGUUCAGCAGGCAGUAACCGCACAUAAAUUACAGCCAAUUUGUUUCAUUAUUCUGAUAUUAGUUCAGCUUUUCUGACUCAAUUGCCUUAUCUGGUCCUGGAAGUGGUGGUAACAUGUAGAGCUGAUGCUAAGCAGAUCUAGAGGCCUGCAGGGAAAUGAACUUAAGACCACUUCUGAUUGUGACACUCUGCUACCAUUCCAUCAGGCAGUCUGUGUUAAAUACUGAUCAACAGCGAUAUGUUCUUAUGUUCUUAACAGCGAUAUGGGGAGUUUUAAUUCUAAACAUAUACCCAUGAGGAAUGAACUCAUAUGAGGUUAACUAUAAACAGCCAUGAAGAAUAUACAAGUCAGGAUUGCCAUUUGGUUUCCUGAUCCCCUAUUUAUCCAUAUCUAAUAUGUCAGGCAGGUAACCAGAAAAUAAUAGUGGCACAUGAUGGUGUAUACUUCUUACAUACAGCUCUGGAAAAAAUUGAGAGACCACUCCAUAUUUUUUAAGAAUCUGCAUUGUUAAAUCUUGGUUUAAUCCUGGUUCUGCUGGCAAAAGGCUACACUGAGCAGCAGGUUGCUUCCAGGUUCAAAAUUUCUAAGACAUCAAUACACAAGAAUAAGGUGAAGUGGGGGACACUGGGAAUGACCAGAAACUAGUCAGAUAAGGGCAGAAGCGACAUUCUAAUGCUGGAGAUGAUUGUUAAUCUGACAGUUUCUCAUGAAUCGUAGGAUGACAUUGUGACCUUCCAAAAGAGUGGGAAACAUUAAGUGCAGGUGUGAAGUGCACUGCCAGGACAGUUCAUAUCAGCCUCAUAGAAGCAGGACUGAAGUCUCAUAAAGCAAGGAAGAAGCCCUUCAUUAUUCAGAAACAAAGAACCAGGCCGCAGUUUGCAAAAAAUAAGAUAUAUUGUGCACAGUCACAUACCCAUAAAUUGAGAAAUGACUGAAGCUAAACAUUUUGCUGUGGUCUCUUAAUUUUUUCCGGAGUUGUACUUCAGUGUACAUCAAUCAGUAAAUUUUAAUGAUGUUUUCUGUGGAAGUCAUUUUGAAUAAGGGAAUCAGCUUAUGAGUCUUGAGAAUAUGUGGGGAAAAGGUAGAGAACAGUGGAGAAACUGUCAACUCCCAGGAAAAGAGACCUUUCAACACAACAGAAAAAAGAAUCAUUUUGAAUCCAUGGCUGAAAAGUAAGCGAUAAGAUUUCACGCCCAUUUUCAUCUGAUCGUGCUUCAGUUAAUUGUUGCCGCACGUGUGGAAGGCACAGAGAUUGAAUUCCCAUCACCAUAGACACCUCAAGAUACCAUAAUGGCAUUCACAUGACAGAAUUUCAUGCCCUGGUGGAGUCCUCCUGAAUAAAUUCUCAGAAAGGAUUAAUACAAUUCUCGUUGCUGGCAGCUAACACAAGAUUCACUCAAACACAUGAUACAAGAUCUGGAGCUGAAAUGAGUUGAUGAAAAGCCUUUCGGUGUUGCUGGUAGAUUUAAAUCAGUUCUAAUCUGUCUGCACACUCUAAACUGGUCUUAAGGAUGCAGCUGCUGAAGGUCAUUGUGUACGACAUGCAUUUCAAUGGAAGCUUGCAGUGAGCCGAGACAGUCAACUGCAACACGAUGACACCAAGAACAGGAACUUUCUGCAGAUGUAGUAUUCUGCAUCAAGGAGGAAAUCAUUCUUCUUUUUAAAAGCUAGCCUUUGGGCAGAGAGAACAGUGGGAGUGCAAUUGAAUAACAACAUAUUAAGGAAAUAAUAAUAAAAAAAACAUUAAGCACCAUAUAAACUAACCACUAAAUGUCAGUAUUGAGGAGUAUAUAUAAAAAGAAGAUAUUGUAGUAUAAUGUGCUUAUUGGACAAGAAGUCAUCAGUGGAUAGGCUGAACCAGUCUGCUGACAUAGAUCUAAAUGGUUAGAUCAAGGUUUACAAAAAAGGUUAAGAUCUUAAAGUACAAGGUCAUUCAUGAAUGCCCUGUUGAGAUGCCCUCAGUUAAACAGUCAGUGCUGUCUGACUGUCUAUGACUAUUGCCAAGAAGUUGUUCACUAAAUAUUGCCUCUUCUGCCUGGACACAAAUAUUUCAACACACCUUCUUCCCAGGCUCUGAAUCUCAAAUAAACAAGCAAAAAAAUAAAAUAAAAAUCAAGGAUGGAUGGAUAGAUAUAUAGAUGAGAACUGCACAACCAUGUACAGCACAGAAUGUAGAAGUUAAUAAAAGAAAUGUGGAACUGAACAUUGUCUAGGUGAAAAGUGACAUAUUUCACCUUGCAGAAAUAUUACUUCACCAUUCCCUUGU